AUGAACGUAAAAAAUUAAAGUAAUUUCAAUUCAGUGUCCGCUAAGAAGCCUACUGGAGACAUCGAAGAAAAUUCACUACUCUCAAGCAUAUCAAGCCUGAAUAAUUCAAAUAUAAAUUAAUUUGCAGCAGCAAGGAUAGAGUAUUAAAACAGUCAAACUCGAAAUUAAUAAUUUAUUAAAAAUGUUUCUGACUAAAACCAAAAGCCCAAGAAGUCAUUCAGAUAUGAAAACAUUAAUAAUAAUAGCAGGAUGAAAUAGGAUUCCUAAGUCGACAUAACAAAUCAGAGUUACUCAGUAGUUCAUAGUCAUACACCCUCAAAUGGUAAGCUUGCUUAAAAUUACUAAAGUCAGUAAUAACAGUCAUAUAAAAAGUAAUUUAAUAACAAUUAUCAAGCAAAAAGUAAUAUUGAUCCUUAGGCUUAGAAGAACAACAAGGUUAAAGUCACAGUUAACGCAAGUAAGUAUUAAAUGUUUGCAAAUGCCAUAAAAACUGAUUAUAACUUCCAAAAGUAUCCUUCUAUAUUCCCUGAGACAAAUGACAACACAUAAGAGCCAAAGAUGGAAGAGUAGAAGGAAAUGCCAGUUAAGGAAAGAAAUUCAAAAUCAGUUCAAAGAUAAAAUGGACAUAACAAUAAAAAAUGGUCUAUCAAUAUUCCUAAGUUUGAAAAUUCAAUUUCUAAAGAUUCUGCAAGUGAGGAAAUAUCUUAAUAUAACAGACUAGCUAGCACUGCACUAAAUAAAUACAAAUAAGAUGGUGGUGAUAACGAUAGCAAAUCCUAUAAUAAAAAUAUAACUAUGCUGAAUUAGCAGUCUUCAAGAGGUGACUCACAUUAUCAGUAAUACCCAGAGUUUGUUUUUUCACCAUAGAAGACUGAGUUUACUAAUGACAAUCAGAUACCUCAUAUAGAGAUUAAUUAGGAAGAUUCAGACCAUAGUCUAGGAAUAGAUGAUGAGGAUGAGAGCAGAUAAUUCGUUCAGGUUGAAUAAUUCGACCCUAAAAAUACAAUCAAAGUGAUUCAAAUGCACUAAGUUGAAAAUGAUGAAACAGAGGAAGAAGAUUACCAGAAUUAGGAUGAUUAGGCGCAAGAACAUCACUAAGUUGAAUAUUCAGAAGAAUUACAAAGCGAUAGCUACUAAAACGAAUAGAUAGAAAGUUAUAAUAAUGAGAGCUAAAAUUAUCAUGACUAAGAUCAUGAUGUUUAAACUUCACUUAAAGUUGAUACCAUGAUAAUGCAUGAUGAGUAGUUUGAUCAACCAGGAGAUUUCACUUCUGGACUAGAUUAUGACUUAGUUAACUAAGACUACUAAACAGCUGAGGCUAUAAGAAAUCAAUAGAGAAAGCGAUCAUCUCCAAAAACUAAUCCAAAAGAUUUUGAGUCUAAAAAUUAUGAAUCAGAAUUUACCAGCAAGCAUAGAAAUUCUUCGGAUGAUUCCAACGUGCUAUCUACAAGCUAAAACAUCAUGUUUUCUCCUCAGAACAACAUAGAAAUAGAGGUAUUAUCACAGCAGUUUUAUGAUAACACUGAAUGUAAAACAAACAGAUGGGAUCAUGACAGAAAAACUAGAAAUACAGGAAAUAAUCAUCAAAAGGGUUAGUUUAGCAUUAAUUAAGAGAUUCUAUCUCAGCAUACUAGGAGAGAUUCAAAUAAUAAUGCUGUUAGGACACCUAUUCGAAGAGAUCUAGAAAAUAGUGACACAAAGCUUGAUUAUUCUCCCAUACCAAAUAACAACUAAUACCCAGAGUAUGUCAACCUAGGUAGGGUAGAGCAUUCUGAUCCUAAAGGACAUAGAUAUAAUCAAAGUGACAUAUCUCAGAUCUCAAUUCCUUUCGACUAGAAUGAUCAAGAAUUCUACAAGAAUUUUGAUAAGGAUGCUAGUUCUAAGUUUUAAAACUAUUAAAAUGAAUUUUUGAUAUCAUAAAAUGGCAAAGAGAUUGAUACUGAAAGAUAGCAAUAAAUCCUAAACACUAAUGAAAAAAUUGUGCUAGAUUAUUGUUCUCCCUAAGAGGACAAUAAGUUAAAUGUCAUGACGUUCUCUCACUUUGAUGAUCAUAACAUAAAGGAUAUCUCAAGUAACAAUCCAACCAAUAAUCACUAGAUUAGAGCUUAUACAGAUAACUCUAACAAUUAAAUGUAUAUAAAUGAUAACAACAACUCUAACAUGCUUGAAGGUGGUGCCAAUAACUAUAUUUCCUCAACGUUUCAUUCAAUGUGCUCUGAACUACCACACAGCACUUAGAAGAUGUUUUUAACUAUUGAGAAUUAGAUUAAAGAGAGUGGAUUUUACUAAAAUUUCUUGUGCUAAUCUGACACUAAUAACACACAGAUGAUAAAUUUGAUCAAUAACAUGAGAAAUCCCAAUCAUCAGUAAUUUCAAUAGUAGCUGAAUCUGUAAUACCUGCCCUAUAACUAAGUCUAGUAAAUCUAGCAAAAUUUAUAGACAGAAUGCUCAAAUUAGAAUACUCCAACUCAUGCUAAUUAAAACUAACUGAUAUAGACAUUUUAAACUGAAUUAUAGUAAUAGCACUAGUAGUAGUAGUAAUAAUAGCCAGAAGCGAAUGCUUUUGUCUUAUUGUAAUAUGAGAUGGUUCUACAAAGAAUAGGCUAGUAAUUCUAAUUAUGUCUGCAAAGAAAUCAUGAGCUAGAAGAAGCAUUGAAAAUAUCAUAGCAUAUGAACAUCUAAAAUUAGCAUCUAUAGUAGCAAUAUGAAUUGUAGAAACAGCUUUAACCAAAUGAUUAUGAAAAAUAAAUCCAAGAAUUAAGGAAAAACUAUGAAAUUCAGAUAAGAUAGCUCAUCCAAGAAAGAGAGAGAAUGAAACAGCUAUUCGAUGAUAAUGAGUUUCAACUAAAGAAACUAAAAACAGAUUAUGAAGAACUAAAAUCUUAGAAAAGCAUGCUUUAGUAGCAAGUUGACUAGUAAUUAAGUACUCAAAUGAUGUACAGUAAGAAUGAGGAUGACCUUAGGAAAAAGAUAGAUAGCUUACAUAGACAGAUUAAUGAGCAGGAGAAGAUCAUUCGUCAUAAAGAUGAGGAAAUAUUCUAGAUAAAUACUGAGAGAAUGAACCUGAUAUGUGACAUUAAGAAUCUUUAGAUGCAUGAUCAGCAAAUGAAACAGGAGAAUCAGGCACUGAAUCAAAAAAGGUGUGAUCUCGAAGAUGGUAUGAAUGAGCUGAAGUAAUAAAUCUAUGGAACCUAAAUCAAUAUGAGACAGUAAGAAUCGCAAAAUGGUAUACUCUCAAGAUAAGUGCAGUAAUUAGAGCAGCAAUAGCUAAUAUAUAUUCAAGAGCUUGAAGGCUUGAGACAAUAAAGUAUAAAUGAAAGAUAGUAUAACAAAGAGAAAGAGUUGAGUAUGUCCUGCCAGAUUUAGAAGUAUGAUCUUGACAAAAAAAGUCUUGAAAAUGAGAAUAGAUAAUUAAAUCAACUGCUAGAAUAGCUCCAAAGAAAUAUAACGGAGUAAACCUGUGCAACCAUAAGUUCAAGUGAGUCAUAUCGAGAGCAUUAGGUCAAAUUCUUAGAUAAGAAGGACCAAUAAACACCUUCAACCUUUAUGUAGAUAAGAUAGGAUUAUCUAGAUAAAUAGACAAUAGGAAGAAAUUAAUCUAAAGAUAACAGUCAAAUAAGGAAUUCUUAUAACUAACUUUAAACCUAGAGUUCUUAGGAGGACCAUGAAGCGUGGUGGCCUAAGGGAGAAAUUAAGAAUUGUUAAAGUAGCAGUAAUGCUAGUAUCCUAAAAUCAAAUGCCAAGCUUUAAGCUAAAUAAAAUAGUCUUUCUGUUAACAAAAGCUAGGAUUAUCUUCAAGGGAUUCUAAAAAAUAACAAUAUCUAAGGAAGCAACAACAAUAAUAAAUAAAACGCAUUUCAAACUUUUGAGACUAAAGGGCAAGUAACCACUACAUCCUAAAAUAUUUAAUGGGCUACAUAAGCGAAUAACAAAGAAAACUAUCAACUUUUUAAGUAGAGAAAUAAUCAGUCAUAACUCUCAAAUGUUUUCUCUUGGUCUGAUUAAGAUUAGCAUCCUUAAUAAAAGUAGAAUGAUUAUCAAGAACAGUAAAUAGAUUAAUGGCAAUCUAAUAGGAGAAACAAUAAUAACCCUCAUGAAAAUAGAAACUAAUCAGUUGUAAACUAGUCUAAUUCUAAUUACAGCUUAGGGAAUUAAAACCCUAUAGCCUAAUAAAAAUCAUAGAAAUAAAUGCUUUAAGAUGGCUCUGGUUAGCACGUCACAUUCCCUUCCAAUCAGAAGUUCGUUGACUAAAAGGAUGUAAUUUAGAAACUUGAAUAGUAGCUACAAUCAUUGCAAUUUGAGAAAUAACGAAUGGACGUUGAGUUUUCAAAGAUUCCAAGCAAGAGCUCUGGUAUAAAUACUAUAUCUUUGAAAAAGAAAAAGGAGGCUCUAGAAUUCGAUAUUGAAAUUAAUUAGAAAAAUAUUAAUACUGUAAAGCAAAAAUUAAGAGAUUUGAAUGCUCUUUGA